UGUUUUAUUGAAGCAGAUAAAGUUUCCCUCAAUUCUUUUCGAGUUACAACCGGAUGUGUGAGCCCGUAGAUCGGGACUUCGUUCAGAAUGCAUGACCUGUCGCAUCAGUGCCGCCUGUGCUUGGAGGCUUUAGCAGAUAAGGAAGGAUUACCCAUUACUGAUGAAGCGCUACAAGAAAAGAUGAAGCUAUUGUUGGGAUUUGAGGUCAUGCCAGAACUAUCGUGGCUACCAACCCAAGCCUGUGCAAAUUGCACUGGAAUAAUAGAUAGCUUCAUUGACUUCAGACAGAAAGUGAAAUCAAACCAAGACUAUUUGUACUCGCUAAAAGUAGAGGAAACAGUGAAUUUGUCGGAGCAUUCGAGAUCAGGGCUUUCCGAAAACAAUGGCCUCUUGCCGCCAAUAUCCGUAUCCGUAGCGAGCCGUUGUUUUGAAAUAGUUUACUUACCACUUCUGAAACAUGAAGAAGAGACCACUUUCACCAGUCCAACCUUUGCAGAAGUUUUGCUACCGGAAGAAAAUGAAAUCAAAAUAGAGGUUCAAUCCGACUCAGACGAACUCGCCAAUAGUUCAGUAGUCCAGUCGGACGAUGCGAUCCCUAAUAGUCCCAUGGAAAAGCAGAAAAAGACGACGGGGAAGGCCAAGAGACGCCAUCCUCCACAGGAAUGCUCUAGUUCGUCGCUGCCUGCUGUCGAGACCAAUAAGAGAAAACGACAUUUUCCCGUAAAAGACGAGCAACGAUUGAAGGAUUUUUAUCAACUGGUUUGCGAAAUUUGUAAAACCGUUUCGGAUUCGUUUUCCGACCUUCUCGCCCAUUACCGUAAAGAACACAACACGGAAGGUUUUGUUCGCUGUUGUGACGCUAAGUUCAAGUCCAAAACGAUGGCACUUGAGCAUGUGGAUGGACAUCUGGGCACGAUACGGUGCGACAUUUGCAAUAAAACGUUCCUCUACGCUAAUUCGCUAAAACUGCACAAACUCGACCGCCACAGUGAUCCGGAAGCGAAACCAUUCAAAUGUGACAAGUGUCAUCGGUCGUUCGCAAGGCCAUUCUUGCUGAAAGCACAUCUGAAGUCUCAUGUCCAGGAACCGUGUCCAACUUGUGGCAAGAUGCUGGGAAACCGGAGAGCCUUAACCACGCACAUAGAAAGAGUACACGGGGACAUGCCUAAUCUGAUUUGUGAUAUCUGCGGUAAAGUAGCAGCCACCAAAACGACUAUGGAACGCCACAUGAACAUACACAUGGGCCGUGAAACUGUUAAGCGAGUUCAAUGUAUUCAUUGCCUGAAAUGGUACAAGGGAAAAUACGUGCUUGAAAAGCAUGUCCAGCACGCGCACCUAGAACAAGGAGAAACAUUUCAGUGCGACAUUUGCCAAAAAUCGUAUCCCAAUAGUCGCGCUCUAAUGUUGCACAAGGAGACACACGACGAGCCAAAAUAUGAAUGCGAGACCUGCGGCAGACGGUUCAGGAGGAGACAACUCUUUCGAAAACACAUGGCAAAUCAUACGGACAAGUCCGACUAAAAGUGUACGGCGCCUAAAAUGGUAUAGUCGAAAGUGUGUGUCCCACAAAUCUUUCAGUGCGGCAUUUGUCUAAAAUUGCGCUAAUGUUGCAUAAGGAGACGUACGAUCGGCCAAAAUAUGAAUGCGAGAAUUGCAACAGACGGGUGAAAAGGAGACAAUCCUGUGAAAGCAUGCGAAAAUUUAUACGGUCAACUUCCGUACUCAACUUUUUCAAUUCAGUAAAGUGCACAAUAAUUAGCUGCCCCCGAAUUAGCUGCCUUGAAGACAGCAAAGAUGUAAAACAGAAUCAAGCGAAAGUAACCCAAAAAACUCUUCGUCGUCUCACCAUGUUUUUUUUACCUAAAUAUUUAACUUUAUUUACCUGAGAGCUACUUUGUAAGGUGCGUUGGCAAAU